UAUUGUGGCAAAGGAAUCAAAGAAACACAACCCAUGAUUCGCUGCAAUCAGUGUAAACAACUAUUUCAUCGAGGUAUACUAUUUUAAUGAUAAGCAUGCAACUCAUAUGUCUAGAUUGCAUUCAUUGCAUGGUGAAGCCUUUGUUGUUUGGAGAUACAUUUGGUGUUUUUCAUUGCGCAGUGUGUAAUCGAGGACCAGAGACAUUUGAAAGAAAGCCAAUGAGUUGGAUAUCUAUUGUUCAUUUGGUCAUUUACAACUUGAUCAAGAAUUCACAGAUUGAGGAUGUCAAAAAACCCAAAAAAGAUAAACGAGAGCACUAUUAUUUUCGCUGGAAAGAAGACGUAUGUGCUUUUAUUGAUGAUUACUGGGACUAUCUGAUGCCUGAGAAGACAAGAUCUGCUACUUGGAAUAACACGAUUGCCAGUGUCUUGUCUACUCAUGGCAGUAUCUUCUUGUCUGGAUUAGAGAAACUUCACCAAAGUGCUUGGUGGACAUUACACACAUUUGAACCACCCAAGAAUGAUAAAAAGACAAAAUUGAAGCCUACACCUAAAAGAACACUGAAACGAUCUAAAGAGAAUGAAGUGGAUAAGAGACCAAAGCGAUCUAAAAGAGAGAAAUCACCAGCGAAAAAGGAGCAGUCCAUAGAGGAUGAUUUCCUUGGUCUAAGCUCAUUAUCUGAACUAUCAUCAUCAGCAGAACUUUCUGAUACAGAAGAAGAUAAAAAGAAGCCUGUUCAACAAGAACCAUUGAAAUCAGAAACACACAUACAGAUAGAGAACAAAGAAAUUAAAACGCAGGAAGCAAAGGAAGAGACAGAAAUACAACCAGAAAAGAAAGAGCCAGAAAAGAAAGAGCCAGAAAAGAAAGAGCCAGAAAAGAAAGAGCCAGAAAAGAAAGAGCCAGAAAAGAAGGAUUAUGUAAAUAAUACCAACGAUUUAUCACAAUCUACAAAACCUUCUUUGUCACAGCAGACAACAUUAUCACCACAGGAUGAAUGGCUGCUACUACAAAAAUUAGAACAUUCAAGCAAGAAACUAUCGCCUGCUGCAUGUCGAUACAAGCGCAAAUUAGCUGUACGUCGAUUAAAGCGUAACUUGGGUAUCAAACUGUUUGAUAUGGAUACAUACUUGAUUCAAUUGCUCAAAUCAUCCAAGCCUAUACUUGAACCCAUUUCAAAUCAAACAGUCAUUCAGCCUGCAUCCAAUCAACACGUAGAACAAACGCAAGAUGAUCAAGAAGCCAUGUUAAACAACAUAACCUACACUCCUUAUGCCUCUUCUUUUGCAUCUCGACUGUAUGGUUCUAUUCGUCAAAGGAACACAAUCACACGGGAUGAGCCAUGGCUAUCUUCAUGGAAUGGUCGUAAAUUGCGCCCAUUUAUUCGUCGCGAUUUUCAGAGUCAACCUAAGCGUAUGUUACUCAUGGGUCAAAUCAAGGCUUGUGCAGGGAAGCCUCAUACCAAAGGUCAGUCUGAACCUAGUGGGAUUGUGUCAGGUGAAAGCAUUGAUUAUGUCUAUUUUCAAAAAGAACAUUUAUCUCAAGUGAAUCACUUACUCAGUCGAACAUUUUGGGAAGGCAUUGAUGUAUCUGAAUCCUUGUUAUUCCCUGAAUUCAGUAUUGUGGCAUUAUACAAAAGGCGUGUAAUUGGAUGUGCUUUCAUGACACCAGAAGCCUAUAUUACUUAUUUUGCUGUUGAUCCAGGAUGGACAAAUGCUAGUAUUGGACAAUUUAUGCUCUAUCAUUUAUUCCAAACAGCCAUUAGUAAAGAUAUUACAUUACAUGUGUCUGCCAACAAUAAUGCCAUGAUUUUGUAUCAAAAGUUUGGUUUUAAGCCUGAGGAAUUUAUUGUCAAUUUCUAUGACAAGUAUUUGCCUGCUGACAGUGUAUAUAGUAAAAACGCUUUCUUGUUAAGAUUAAGAAGAUAAAAAGAAUGAUUCCUGAAUCAAAGUGCGUCUUUUCUUUGUAUUACAUGAUAACUUUAUUAAACAAUUUCAUAUUACAUAUUUAUUAGUUGGUGUCUGAAAAAAGAAGAAAAAGAAUAAAGGAGGUCAUGUAGCGUCACAUCUCACUGUCAAAAACACAUUGAUAAUGGUAGCGCUAUAGAACAGAAGCAGAGACUACACCUAAUAUGCAAUGUAAAAAGAAAACCGGUAUUUGAAACACCGAACCUUCCACUUGCAUGAUAUGCAUCAUUUACUCUUUUUGACCUCAGAAAUGUCAUGAAUAAUAGCGAAUCUUACUCUCAAACGCUCUGUAAAUCGAAUGUUAUAUAAACUAGUACCUACUUAUUAG